AUGUCUGUGAAGGGUAAAAAAUCAGUCAAUAAGAAGGUAGAGGAUACCUCCUUGGAACCAAUUGAAGUUAAAAAUGGUCCUGUGAGACCUUAUUUGGGUAUCAAGAUAACAGAUGAAUUUGUAAAUAGUCGUAUUUCCAAUACUCUUUUCGAUAAAUUAUACCUUAUUGUUUUGGUGAUAGUUGGUUCUGCCGUCAGAUCACACAGCCUGACUGCACCAAAUAAUGUCAUUGAUAAAGAAAGCAUUGUUGGUGGUAUCAUCUCUAAUUAUAUUAAUCGUGAAUUUUUCAUUGGGACUACCCCACCAAUGGCCAAUUUGUUCUACUUUUUAGUUUCAUUCUUUAAUGGAUUUGAUGGUCAAUUCAAUUUUCAACCAGUUGGUUAUCCAUAUCCAAACAAAGUCCCAUAUGCUACCUUUAGAUUAUUUUCUUCUAUAUUAGGUUUAUUGACUGUGGUUUUGUUCUAUUCCACUUUACGCCUCACUGGUGUUAAAAGGUUUGUUGCCUUUGCAAUCUCUUUAGCUUUGGUCUUUGAAAAUGGUUAUGUGACAAUUUCUCGUUACAUCUUUAAUGAAUCUCCAUAUCUUUUCUUCAUUGCAUUGGCUAUCUACCUUUUCAAAAGAUCUCAGUUAUAUUCAAUGGGAUCUUGCAAAUCGUACAUUUCUCUGCUUGGUUCUGCCAUUGCCCUAGGCUGCACUAUUUCUACUAAAUGGGUUGGUGCUUUUGUUAUUAUCUGGGUUGGUAUCAGUUUAGUUUUAAAAUUCAUCUUAAACAUUGGUGAUCUAUCUAAACCUGUCUGUUCAUCUAUAAAACAUACUACGAUAAAAGGUUUAUUAUGCUUAAUUAUUCCAACUUUUGUUUACGUGUUAUCAUUUUACACUCAUUUCCAAUUAACUACUCAUAUUAGUAAGGAUGCAGAGAUUUUAUCCUCAGAAUACAGAUAUGAAUUGAUUGGUAAUAAUAUCCCAGAAAACAUUAAAGCUCCUGUUGGUCUUGGUUCCAGAGUUACUAUUCGUCAUGCUGGCACAUAUGGUGGUUAUUUGCAUUCUCAUGAUAUCUUUUACACCGCUGGUUCCAAACAACAAGAAAUUACUUUAUAUCCAUACGAAGAUCCUAAAAAUGAAUGGUACCUUGAGUUAUAUUCUGAAUCAGGUAAACCAAUCACCAAUUUUACCGAACUGGUUGAUGGUACCAAGAUUAGAUUGAAUCAUAAAACCCAUUGUAGAUUACAUUCACAUGACCACAAACCUCCAGUCUCUGAAAACAGUGAUUGGCAAAAGGAAGUAUCAUGUUACGGUUACGAAGGUUUUGAAGGUGAUGGUAACGAUGAUUGGAUCAUUGAAAUUGACAAGGAUAAGUCUGUAGAAGGUGCCAGAGAGGCCGUUAAAGCCAUUAAUACUAAAUUUAGAUUGAGACACGCUAUGACAGGUUGCUACCUUUUCUCUCACGAUACUCGUUUACCAGCUUCCAGUUACAAUCAACAAGAAGUUACAUGUGCUACUCAAGGGAUCAAAGCUUUAACUCUAUGGUACAUUGAAAGUAAUGACCAUGACUUCUUGCCAGAUGAUACUGAAAGGGUCUCAUAUCCAAGAUUAUCCUUCUUACAAAAAUUUGUUGAGAUUCAUAAAAAUAUUGUCUACGUCAGUAAGAAAAAAGAUAUUCCAAAUUCCUAUAAUUCAAACCCAUUAUCCUGGCCAUUUAUGUCACGUGGUGUAGAAUUAGCCUAUCACAAUUUUGAAAAUGUCUAUUUCAUUGGUAAUGCAAUCAUGUGGUUUGCAGUCACUUUAUUUAUCAUAAUCUUUGGUCUUGGCUUUGCAUGUGAGUUAAUUGCAUGGCAAACUGGUAAACCUAUCUUCCAAACAACUUAUAUUAUCGACUUCCACAUCCAAACAGUUGAAUAUUUACUAGGUUAUGCUAUCUAUAUGGCACCAUACAUUCUUUUGGGUGGGAAUUAUUUUAUCUAUGAAUAUCUUCCUGCUUAUUACUUUGGUGCUCUGGCGUUAGGUCAUGGUUUUGAUGCAUUAUUUGUUAUCCCAUCCAACAAGAUUAUCAAACAAGCUGCUUAUGCAGUUAUUACCUUGUUUGUUAUCGGCAACAUUUAUUUCUUCCAAAACCGUAAGACUUUGGCUUAUGGUUCAAUGUGGUCACAUGACUCUUGUGAAGCUUCUAAAUGGUUAUCCAGUUGGGAUUAUGAUUGUAAUGGAUACACCUUAAGUGUAGAUCAGUACCAAGCACAAAAGUCUCAAAGAGUUAAGACUGACGAUGUUGCCAGUUUCAGUUACGGUUUUCCAGCUCCUACUUCUGAAGCUGAAAUGAUCCAAGAUUCUAUAGUAGAUAAAAUGAUUAAUGAAGCAGAAAGUGAAGCUGUGUUUGUUGAUUCAAACGGAAAUAAACUUGAUCCAGAGGAAGUUAAGAGAAUGGUUAAGGAAGAAGGUGCCAUUUUAAAGAAGAGCACAAUAAAUGAAUAA